UCCGCGCCUCCGCCUUCGCAAAUGCCCGCGCAGUCGCCGCGCCGUCACCUCCGCUAACGCUGCGCAUGCGCCGCCACCGUCACCACCUCACCCUUGCCGCGGCAAAGUCCCACGCCGCCCUCCUCAAGUCCGGCAUCUCCUCCCCCACGCCCUGGAACCAGCUCCUCACGGCGUACUCCGCCUCCGGCUCCGGCCUCGCCUCCGCGCGCCGGGUUUUCGACGAGAUUCCCCUCCCCGACGCGGUCUCCUGGAACUCCCUCCUCGCUGCGCACGUCGCCGCCGGCGCGCACCCGGAAGCAUGGCGCCUCCUCCGGGACAUGCACGCGCGGGGCCUCGCCGCCAGCACCUUCGCCCUCGGCUCCGCGCUCCGCUCCGCCGCCGCGGCGCGCCGCCCCGCGCUCGGCGCCCAGCUGCAGUCAUUCGCCGUCAAGUCCGGCCUUGCCGACGACGUCAUCCCCGCUAGCGCGUUGCUCGAUGUCUACGCGAAAUGCGGCCGGUUGAGCGAUGCUCGCCGCGUGUUCGGUGGAAUGCCCGAGCGGAAUACCAUCUCUUGGAACGCGCUCAUUGCUGGGUACUCGGAGUCUGGGAAUCUGGCACAGGCGAUGGCGCUGUUUCUUGAGAUGGAAAGGGAGGGGUUGGCCCCAGAUGAAGCGACAUUUGCCGCGUUGCUCGCUGCAGUUGAGGGUCCAAACUGCUGUUUCUUGAUGCAAGAACUGCACGGGAAGAUUGUAAAGUAUGGAGAAACCUUGGGUUUGGUUGUGUUGAAUGCAGCAAUCACUGCGUACUCGCAGUGUGGGGCCCUUGCAGACUCUAGAAGGAUCUUUGAUGGAAUUGAGAGUAGGGAUUUGAUAUCAUGGAAUUCUAUGCUUAGAGCCUAUGCUUACCAUGGGAUGGAUGAUGAGGCAAUGGAAUUCUUUGUCAGGAUGAUGCAAGAGAGUGGAGUCCAUCCUGACAUGUAUAGCUUCACAAGUAUCAUAAGUGUGUGUUCAGAGCACGGGCGUGACGAUCACCGAGGGAGGGGAAUUCAUAGUUUGGUGAUCAAGAUUGGGUUGGAAGGAGUCACACAUGUUUGCAAUGCUCUGAUUGCCAUGUACACUAGGUUCACUGAGAACUGUAUGAUGGAAGAUGCAUACAAGUGCUUUAAUUCUUUGGUGCUGAAGGACACAGUCUCCUGGAACUCUAUGUUAACUGGAUAUUCACAGCAUGGUUUGAAUGCUGACGCUUUGAGAUUCUUCAGAUGCAUGCAGUCAGAAAAUAUUAAGACAGAUGAGUUUGCAUUCUCUGCUGCUCUGCGGUCCUGCUCAGACCUUGCUGUGCUUCAGCUAGGUAGACAAAUACACUGUUUAGUCAUCCAAUCUGGUUUUGCUUCCAAUGAUUUUGUUUCAAGCUCACUGAUCUUCAUGUAUUCUAAGAGUGGAAUGCUUGGUGAUGCAAGAAAGUCCUUUGAAGAGGCAGAUAAGAGUAGCUCGGUGCCCUGGAACUCUAUGAUGUUUGGUUAUGCACAACAUGGCCAGGCACAGGCAGUGACCAACCUGUUCAAUGAAAUGCUGGGACUGAAGGUUCCUCUGGAUCAUGUUACCUUUGUUGGCCUAAUUACCACCUACAGUCAUGCCGGUCUUGUAGAUGAAGGGUCAGAAAUUCUCAAUACUAUGGAAACUAGGUAUGGAAUUCCUCUGCGAAUGGAGCACUAUGCAUGUGGUGUUGACCUCUAUGGGAGGGCUGGGCAGCUUGACAAGGCAAAAGAGCUUAUUGAGUCAAUGCCAUUCCAACCAGAUGCCAUGGUUUGGAUGACCCUUUUAGGUGCUUGCAAAAUCCAUGGGAAUAUGGAACUAGCAAGCGACGUGGCAAGCCAUUUACUUGUAGCAGAACCUCGACAGCACUCCACCUAUGUUCUUCUCUCCAGCAUGUAUUCUGGUCUUGGUAUGUGGAGUGACAGAGCAACAUUGCAGAAGGUAAUGAAGAAUAGGGGAUUAAGCAAAGUUCCUGGAUGGAGCUGGAUUGAGGUGAAAAAUGAGCUGCAUUCAUUCAAUGCAGAGGACAGAUCACAUCCAAGGAUGGAUGAAAUCUAUGAGAUGCUAAGAACGCUGCUUCAGGUGGCACGGAGGCUUUGUUCUUUGGAAGACGCAGAGAUUCUUGUGACAAAAUCCAGUGAUACAUGACCUGCAACUUUUUGUUGUGUACGUUUCAUUCUUAUCCAGCUAGUGUUAUACAUUGUUUCUAUUGGCAUUGGGUAGAAAUCUUUGGAAGUUAUAGAAUGCCUUAAAGUUAAUGGAAGUUAUAGAAUCUCUUAAAGUUAAUGUGGAUCACAAAAUAGAUACUUUUUAUGUUAAUAUUUAUUUGAUUCAACUUUUGUGCUUGUAAUUUGCACCUAGGAGAUCCAAAAUCCAAAUAGUAGUAAGAGCUUUAAUUAACAGGGCAACUUUCAAGUUGUACAUCUUCUAGUGAUGUGGCUUGGCUAUCUGCUAUCAUGCAUGGUGAAGCCCUAUGCAAUUUGCUGCCUAUAUACAUUUAUGAUGCAGAUAGUAAUAAUUUUCAUUUCUUAUUCUGAGCUCUUAUUCGUAAUUAAACUUUUUCACAUACUGCUUCCUUCUUGUCCCGUGCAAAGGGUACACAUAGAGAUUGGCAUGGGCUUCUUUAAUAUGUUUGUCAGAUGUCUCAAUUGGUUUGCCACGACAGAAGCUUUUCUGGACUCCAGAGAUCAUGCAGUUGGUCUAUGAAAGGCCAAUAGUUCCAAUUAUUUUCUUGUGUACAACCACGUCUGGAAUGUCAUGAAGCUUAGAUUCUUUUACUGAGGAAGUUUGUGAAAGUCUGACAUUUGCGUAACUCCAGCCUGAGUACAAUGGACGCUGGAAGCAUGGAGAAAAGAAAAGAGUUGUUAUAGAGAAACACAAGCGCUAAGCAACCAUACUCAUGGUAGGUAGCUUGUGAUGCCCUAAGCUGUUUGCACCCAACAUUCUCGCUUAAGUCAGGUUUGUAGGAUUAUGAAACACAACAUGGCAAAAAGGGAGCCACAGUUUUUGUGGUGCCACUGUCCACCUUGGAGCAGCAUUCUGGCCACCCCAUGGCUGCGUAUAUGGCAAUUGAGCACUGAAAUCCCUUGGCAACAGGAAUGAUCUUCAUACAUGGUCACCUGUCAUUGACGUGCAUCAUUGCACUUUCUGGCGCAAUGAUGGAGACUAAUUUAGUUGAAGGUUGAUCUCAGUACCGAGUGAUACACAUAUGCACUUGGUGAAAGGAGUGCGUUCACAAGUGUUACUGUCCAGUUCUGUUAUUCAAUCAGUGUUAGUUACAAAUGGGAGAUGGUCUGCCUUGCUGUGUGUGCCUCUGCAUUGAAACUGUAACUCUGGUGCAAACAUGGGGAUUCUGAAAGCAUGUCUGAUAAUGAUAUGGCCAUGUACGUAUAUGGCACAGUGAGGGCAGGAAAAUCUAUGUACUCAUUUCCAUUGUGAGGCCAACACCAAAAUGGUCACAGGCCAAUACAUGAAUCUGAUGGUGGGUGAAACUUUGGACAAGAUCAGAAGUGCGUGGAUUCUCUAUAAGAAGUCUGAUUUCUGUUUGACUUAUGAUUGGAAGUGCCUAGAUCAGUGUUCUCUAAAACAACCUCUGCUUUGUGUUUGACUUAGUUGUGACAAAGUAUGUGCUGUAGUAGCUACCUAGUUACAGACAUCCAUUUGGCAAACUUUAAGCACACCAUUGACAUGUAGGAAAUGUGAUGACCUUAAGCUAAGGGAAAUAGUGAAUACAGAAUUGCACAUAGGCAA